AUGGAUUCCGGACUGGUAAAACAAUUUAAUGAAAUUAAUGAAAAGAAUGAAAGGUUGAAAGAGGAAAAUGAGAAACAAAAGAUUGAAUUCGUUAAAUAUAGACAAACAGUUGAAACAAAACAUGAAGAGUAUAACGAAUAUAUUGAUAAAUUAAAAGAAGUGAUUAAUAAAUUAAAAGAAAACUGCGACAGGUUAAAUAAAGAAACGGAACAUUAUCGUAAUAAAUUUACCAGUUAUCAACGAGAAAUUGAACCAAGAUAUAAAGAAGAAGUUAAGAAAUUAAGACAAGAAAAAGAACUUUAUCAGAAUGAAUUAACCAAAUAUCAACAAGUAAUCAUACCAAAAUACAACGAAAAUAUUAAUAAUUUGAAAAAAGAAUUCUCGAUUGUUUAUGAAAAAUCCACUUCAUCAUGUCAAUCAGCUUUACGAAGUGCAGAAUCAUCAUGUUACAAUUUGAGAGAUGGAGAUAGGAAUGAUCCGGUUCAACUUACUAAUGAUUUAAGAUCUUUGCAGGAAAGAAUUGAGAGAUAUGUAACCACUUUGAAAGGUGCCGUGGUGGUUGAUAAUGAGAAAGUUCUAGAAUUAUUCAAGAAAUAUAAUUUAAAGAUUGAAAACCAAACAACUCAAGACAAAAUUUUGAUGAAAUCAGUUUUACAACGUUAUGUGCUGGAAAAAGUUCUCGAAUAUGCAGAUGAAUAUCUUAAUAACAUCAAUGAUCCUUGCAAUCAAGAGAAACAAAUCAUGAAUCACGCAGAUGGAUUGUUAACUAUUCUUGGUAAAUUUCAUCGUAAUCAUUUAAUUAAAGAUAAUAAAAAUAAAUUUACCACAGCAAGAAAAAUUCAUGAACAAGUUUAUGGUUUAUUGGGUGAACAUGGAUUCUCUGAUAUUUAUGAUGAAAAUAAUGAUAGUAGCAAUAGCAGUAAUGGUGACGACAAUAAACAGCUUCAAUCAACCAAACAUCCAUUUGUAUCAUCUGCAGUACAAAAACUCAACGCAUUAAUGACUGAAUAUCGUCUGAUCAAGGAUGUAAAUAAGAGGAGAUACACGGAAAAUAUGGCAGAAAAUAUUAUUAAAGAUAUUGUUAGAAUUUUCAGGUUUCGUUUGUUGAUAAAUGAACCAAGGUUUGAAUUGUAUUGGUUUAAACGUAACGAAAAAAUCAAGCCAGAUCUUAUGAGAGGUACAUGGGACGAUGAUUGUUUGGAGGAUUAUGUUGUGGAUAUUUGUUUCUUCCCGUUAAUUGGAACAAAUCUUAAGGAUAAUAAUAAAAAUAAUGGUUUAGAUUGUAAAAUUCUCACUUAUGCAAAGGUUUAUUCUCGAUCCAUUAUAAAUUCUCAUGGAGAAGAAAGUUUGGAAGUGGAGGAGAAAAAGGCAUCUUCAGAAAAUAAUAAUAAUAAUGGCGUUAUAGCCAAUAUGCUGAAAAAAGUUAUUGGAAGACACGAAUCAACCGAUCAGCAAAAUGGUGAAAAUCAAGACGGUAAUAACUCCAUCUCUUCAUCUGUUCCACAGGACAAGAAGGCUAAAAUUCCAACAAAAAAUAAUGACGGUAACGAUAAUCCUUCUUUAUCCAACAAUAAUGUAAAUAGUUCAAAAAGCAAUGAUCUGAAGAAUAAUCAUCAAGAAAAAAAAGGUAGUAAUCAAGAAAAUGAAGAUAGUGAUAGUGAUAGCGAUGAUAAAGACUUGGAUUAUGAUAAAAUAGAUCAUGAUGAGUCGUAUUAA